CUCUGUCGUUCACCAGCAGUCCGGUCGCAUCAGCAGCAGAUUCUGGACGGUCAGGGUCCCUCAGCUGAGUGACUUUGCUUUCGUCGAAUCGUCUCCGCCGCUCCCACCCACUGCAGCCAUUGCAAUUGCUUGUUGCUUCGUUGAUUCGUCACAAGGGGAAGAGCGCUAUCGCCAGUCAUUCUUAGGAAGAAUGGUGGUACAGACACGAGCACAGAAGGUGAGCAUAAGGAGAGUCAGCCACACGCCGUCGGGGGCCGUGUGGUGUCUCACCGGUUCUUGAGCGUGAAGCGCACGUCAACUCAAGGCGCAUGGCCUCAUUGUGACGUCCUUGCCGUCUGUCUGUCCGUCUGUGUGAUCCAUCAGGCUGCCGAAGCCAACAAGUCUGUUAGCGAGGCCGCGGGAGCUCAUCAGUUGGCCUCCGGCAGUCCAGCUGAUCAGGUCCAGCAGCCCUUGGCCAAUCCCGACGCACAUGAGCAUGUCGCCAAGCCCGCCAAGGAGCGCAAGAAGCGGACCGCACCGGCCCUCGACCAGAAGAACCCCACCAGUCGGCCUACUCAGCGCUGUCGGCCUGUGAAGAGGGAGAGGAGGGAGGAGGUCAUCGACAAGGGAGAUGCCCUCAUGGGGCCCUACGAUGACCAGGAGGACACCGAGCCCCUGCAGAGGAAAAGAGACAGGCUGUUCGCCGCUCGCAAACAGUGGACGGACAGCCGUGACGUCGGUGUGGGUAUCGGUGGGGCGAUGGGUGAGGGAUUGGGAUUGGGAUUGGUUACGGGGGAGCGGGGAAAGGCGGGACGGGCCGAGAGGCGUCUCAGUCUGGCGAAGGACUAUGAGGCCAAAGACGGUCAGACGCGGCGUAGCAGGUGAGUGAGAGAGGUCGAAAUAGCUCGAAGUUGAAGGCAUUCUCCCAAUCAUCGGUCUCUUGUCCAUUCCUGUCCAUGCAGGCAACAGAAGCAGGCGCCUUCGGCCGCUGCAGCGGCCGCAGCGGCCUUGGAGCCCUCAGCGGCGGAUCAGCAGAAGAUGGCCACCGAUGGUGCGGGUGGAGGGAAGGGAGACGUGUCUAUGGGCGGGAUGGGGGCGGGGCACUACGGGCAGCUGCGGAGCACCAAGUAAGACACACUGACAACACACUGACAACAUUGUGACCUUUCUUGCAUCUCUGUCUGUGUGUUGCACUUAGGGAGGAGAAGGGGUCAUCGUAUCCCUACGCGGCCGCUGCGGCCGCUGGGAAGCUUCCGGUGGCCGACAGCCCUCCACGCAGAUGGAUAUUCGACGGCGACUCGAGGUACCUGGCCAAACAGGAGGAAGAGUACAACAAGUAAGAGGAGACACAGCACUCAACCGACCACUGCCCACUGGACCCUCUCCUUGUGUCCUGCCAUGUUGUGUGGGUUUGUGCAGGCAGAAAGAGGGCUCGCCUGUUGCUGCAGCAGCGGCAGCGGCCAUCAACAGGGAGGGGCCGCACACACCGCACACGCCGUUCGAGUGUCAGCAGAGGGCCAAGUGAGUGGAUGAGUUGGGAGAAGGGCAGUCAGUGCUUGGCGCUGCGCUGCUUGCCUGUUUGAUUGAUUGAUCUCUCGUUGCGUAUCUGUUUAUCUUCAGUGUCCGUCGUGGUGACGGCGAUGUGCCUCGUCUGCCGCAGGUCCAGAUGAGGCAGGCAAAGCACGCCGGAUUGAGAGGGUGGCCGCGCAUCAGCCCCGACACUGUCAGUACUGCAGAAAGGCGUGCAAUCAAACAGCACGAGUCCAUCUCUGUCUGCCUCCAUCUCUGUGUGUGUGUCAGCUGGCGAGGUUCCUACAGGGUAAGUUCGACCACAGGGGCUUCUCCGGCUACACCAUCCUCGACGCUCGCUGGGAGGCCGAGUCCGACGGUAAAGACAGAAGAACCAACGAGGCCGUGUGGCGCCAUCCCGACGGACAGCCCUUGUCGGUGUUUGUGUGUCGGCAGGCGGGCACAUCCGCAAGGCCAUCCACGCCAGGACCAAUGCCGAGGCCAUCGACGCGCUGUGGGAUGAAAAUGGACAGCCGCGCCACGACAAAAACCACGUGAGAGAGACCGCCACACAGCCAGCCAGCCAGCCAGCCAGACAGACUUGUGUGAAUGCAUAGCCGCAUCUCUGUGUCUAUACGUGUGUGUGUUUGUGUGUCAGGUGGUCAUUGUCCAUUGUGAGUACUCACAGGAGCGGGGCCCCAAUCUAAUGAGAGCCAUAACCGACUACCGCGACAGCCAUGGCAGCUCAGUAAGGAAGAAGACCACACACUCACAGGCUGAGCCACAAGCAGCAUGACAUUGUGCCUUCUCCCUUCGUCUGUCUGUCUCUGUCUGUCUGUCUGCAGGAGGAUUAUCCGAUGGUGUACGUGUUGGAUGGCGGCUACAGGGCCUUCUGGCGGCACGCACAGGCCGUCAAGUGCGCACACCGACUUUGUGACGGGCAGUACAAGCCGGAGGACGCCCUCACGCACCAAGAGGUAACACGCACACACGCACACACGAGGGAUCGAAGAAAGAGAUGCCUCUUUUGAGACACUCCAUCUCUGCUUGUUUGUCCAUCAGUUGAAGGCGGCUCACCAGGAGCGCAUCAAUCGCGAUCCGGCCAAGCAGCGAGAGCUCGACAAAAGGACACGUCUGCGUCGCAGUGCCGCACCCGACGGACCUCACCCGCCCGCAGCGGCUGCUGCUGCUCCUGCGCCAUAUGUGUCCCCUGCGCCAUUCCUGCCUCUCGAAAUGCCUUCGCCAGUCAACUUCCCACCGCUUAUGGCCCCGCCACUCAUUCCGGCCGAUCGAGCGUCGCUGCCGUUCCGCAACACGGGCCGUGCUGCUGGUGGUGGCCGACACGGAUGGGUGUCGCCGCCUCGCCAGACGGCAUAUGGAGUGGGAGACAAAGACAUGCGCGGCAAGAAGUAAGACCCGCCCACUGCAGCAGACAGACACCCCUCUAAUGCAACUAUUCCCAUUUUUUCUCUUAUCUCCAUUUGUGUGUCGCACUCACAGGGAGGAGAAGAGGCCACCUUUUCCCUGUGCGGCCGCCGCGGCGGCCCAGCCGGUGGACAGCCCCCGACGCAGGUGGCUAUUCGACGGCGAGUCAAUGCAUUUGGUUGAAGACGAGGAAAUGGACGAGUACGAGGAGCCACCAAAGUACAACAGAUAGAGAAGACAGACACAUCAACUCAUCGAUCACUGCCCACUGAUCGAUUCUCUUCCCAUUCUGUGUUGUGUUGUGCUGUGCAGCCAGAAGCAGCCUUCACCCCCCGCAGCAGCAGCAGCAGCGGCCGCGGCAGUCAGCAGAACCCCACACAGGUGGAUGGAUGGCGGGGACGAUAAGUAUGAGGAGCCGCUCAAAUACGACGACAAGUACGUCACAUAGAGACAGGGAUGGCUGAGGCGUGAGACACACAAGCAAGUAUGCAUGACUGCCUUGGUGUGCUGUGCUGCGCUGUGCUGUGACAGGAGCCCACCCUAUGCAGCAGCAGCUGCAGCGGCCGCCCUCCCUCAAACACCACUUCCCAACUGUCCCGCCACUCCCAAUCGCAUGCCCCCCUGCGGCAGUGGAGGAGACCGAUCGAUAUCGCCGCCCCGUCCGACGGCUAUGAAGAGAAAGAGGGACGAUCGUAGCGACGAGCAAAGGAAGAAAGCGCCAAAGGAGUGAUGGCGACUGACUGACGGGCGGCGGGUGCAUGAGUAACUGAGAGACGCGAGUGGCUGGGCGGACUGACUGACUGACUGACAACCGAUGGACAGACAGACAGACAGACAGAGGACAAUCCAUCCACUCAUGCCAUUCAUUGAAGCCGGGGGUAUCGGUCGGCAAUUUCCGACCCGGAU